AUGUUGGCAGGCUACGAUCCAGCAACAGAUGAAGGAAGCAGAAUGCUCCAAAAGUUCCAGAAAAACCCCUUCGUCCUUGAUUUCAAAGAUGAAAAAGAUAGAGAAAUGAUUCUAAGAUGCCUUCUCGAUGACUACAACGAGAGAAUCGACAUCAAUGCACUUGAAGAAGAAUUCUUCAAUGACGACGUAUUCUAA